CCACAAAAGGUAAUCCGAGAGCCGGUCUUUGUCCGCUUGGAGUAUAAAAGUGCGGCGGGUCCAACCGCAGAGUUGCAAAAGGAGCUGAGCGCGAGGCAGGCACGGAUCGAGCAGGAUGCCCUGGUGUGCCAUUUCCUUAGCGACGUUGGCGCUGCUCUCUCUUUCCAAUGGCGGAUUCGGAAGUCGGUUUCCCGGCGAUGUGGACUACGGCGACUUGAUAGAGCUAGAUGAGCAGCCGCAGGAGCGUCCUGACCACAGCACCUCCAAGAUGUUGAGCGCCCUGAUCGGCUUCAGUUCCACGGCCCUGCGACCCACAGAAACGACUCAGGCGAUGCCCCAUCAACUGCCGCCCAUGUACUACAAUGACUUUUACGAGGAUCUACUGGCCACCAAGCGAAAUGAUGUGCAUUCCGCCGGCUGCGAUUGCAAGGUUACGAAUAAGCUGAAGGACUUGGGAAGCCAGCACUUUCCCCGCUAUCUGAUGAGCGCCGUCUGCGAGUCCCGCACCGACCAGGACAUUGCCAAGUGCACUCACGGAUCCAAUUGCCGGCCGCUGGAGUACAAAGUGAAGGUUCUCGCCCAGGGCAGUAUCCCCGAUCACUCCGGAUCUAGCUCUUCGAUAGUUCGGGACCCUUCUGAAGUGUGGCAGUUCAGAACCGUGACAGUUACUGCCGGAUGCUUCUGCGCCAAGUGAGGACCUGGACGAGGGAGCAUAUAAGUGAGAAUGUAUUGGCUAUAUUUGCAUAUUAAAGGGACAGUCGCAAA